AUGUCUGUCAAAGCGCUCACUACCAAAGAGGUUGUCUCUGUUUUGCGGAAGUACACUCCUUGUGACGUGUCCGACGCGUUGAACAAGUUUGGGUACGCCGAUGGCGGAUUCAUCCCCAAUCUCGUCAACCGGUCACCAGUUACCUCCCUGGCCUCUGCAGUUGGCAGGGCCUACACUGUGUUGUAUGCACCAAAGCUGGAUCCUCGUCCUGCUGUUAAGGAGUCAUACAUAGACAAUGUUCCCGAAGAUCUGAUUGUGGUGAUUGGGCUUCCCGUGGAGGCACAGACCACAAGCCAUCCGUUCGUUAAGGUUAACAAUGCCCUCUAUGGAGGGUUGAUGUCCACGCGGGCCCAGUACAGAAAGGCCAAUGGGUCUGUAGUCCUUGGUCGCAUUCGGGAUUUGGACGAGCACAACGAUCUCGGGUACCCAGUGUGGUCAUACGGAGUGGGCACUUCAGCCCCAGGACCUUUAGUCAAGGUUGUUGGAAUCAACGUGCCAUUGGAUAUCAAGGUUGCUGGAAUCGACAAUGACCAGGUAGUAAGUAUCCACCCUGAAGACUAUAUCGUUGCCGACAAGAACGGAGUGGUAAGAAUUCCCGAGGACGCUGACUUGGCCGCAGUGUUGGAGUAUAUUCCCAAGCGAGUCGACGCUGACACCCAUGUUAGCGAGGACAUCAAGAAGGGGAAGGGAGCCACUGAGAGCCAGAAGUAUUGGCGUGGUAAGAUCUAG